AAGUGAAAUUGAACUUUCUAAUGUGGCCAUUUAUUGUUUAAAUGUUUUCACGAACGUCCUAUAUGAAUGGUAGAAAAUAUUUAUGUUGAUUGGCUGGAAUGUUUAUUUUGAAUUUAGAAUUUUUUUUUGAAUUUUUGUUUUUCUUUGAAAAUCAAUACAAAAUGACCAAGAAUUUUGAAUUAUGCAACACAUCUACAAUCGAUCUGAAUCCUUGUAUUAUUGAUUAUUCAAAAAAAUUCCACGCUUUCAUCGUUGGAACAUAUCAAUUGAUUGAAGUUGGAUCGAAAACAUAUGAUGAGGAUUACACUGAAGAUCAAUUGGCAUUUCUAAAUAAUCGAAUUGGCAGUAUAAAUGUUUUGAAUGUUGAUUGCAAAUUGAUUUGCAAACAUCAAUGUCAAUCGGGUGGUGUUUUUGAUCUGAAAAUCUCUAAUUAUCAUCAUGAUACUAGUAGCAACAGCGAAAUGAUUUUUGCUGCACAUUCGAAUGGAAUGUUUGGUAUUUAUAAAUUUGAAAAUGGUGUUCGCAUUCAUAAUGUUCAACAAAUCAAAACUGGCCAAACAAUGUUGACCACCAUUGGUGAUUUAUUCAUUGGUAACAUUCUAACAAUUGCUAUUGGCAGUUCAGAUGGUCAACUAUUAUGUUAUGAAUUUACGAUAAAUGAUUCAAUUGAAAAUCUAAUGGAACAAUCAUCAGCGGAUAAUUUAAUACAAUCAUCCAUCGUUACAAACGAUUCAUUAUCAAUAUGGUAUUUGAAAAUGGUACAUCUGGAAAUUAUGGAAUCAACAAUUGAACAAAAUUUAAUUUUUGUUUGUUCCGAAGAUUCUAUGUGGCGAAUAUUUACCUACAGCUCGAAAAAUCUGACCAAAUUAUUCGAAAACUGUGAUUCAUCCUAUGGUGUAACAUCAAUUGAAAUAUUUCGUAUAGAUCAUGUUGAUUUGAAUACUGUUUCCAUCAUUUUACUUGUUGGUUCAUAUGAUGAAUAUUUACGGAUUUAUAGCAUUGAAUUGAAAUUCGAUCAUCAUUCCAAGGAAACAAUGAAAAUUCUUCAAUGUUUACAACAAAAAAAGAUUCAUAUAAAUGGUGGUGGAAUAUGGCGAAUUCUUGUGAAUAAUGACAACGAUGAUGAUGAUAAUAAUAAUACCAUUCUAUUAUCGGCAAUGUAUUCCGGUGCUUAUUGGCUUACAUUAGAAAUCCCGACGGAAUACCAGAACGGUUUCAAACAAAAUCACCAUUUAAAUAUAGAUUAUAAAUUGAAUAAAUUUCCAAUCGAAAAUGAUGAUUCAAAUGAAAAUCAUCUUGUUUAUGGAAUCGGUUCCGAUUCCAUUCUAUCAACGAUACUGUUUGCAUCAUUUUAUGAGAAAAAAAUUUUUCUUUAUAAAUCCUGUGAUUGAAUAAAUAAAAAUAAAGAAUAAAAUAGA